AUGGCAGUCACCCCAUUUACCUUCCCCUUCAUGAUCCCGUUGUGGUCUAUUCCGUUCGCCCUGAUCACUGGAAAUACCUUCGUCCUCAAGCCGUCUGAAAAAGCACCCACCGCGUCCACUCUCCUUGCAACCGCGUUCUUCCGAGCAGGGUUUCCAGCUGGGGUGCUCAACAUUGUCCACGGCGGCCCGUCUGCCGUCGCCAAGUUGCUGUCCCAGCCAUGUAUACAGACGGUCAGCUUUGUCGGCUCCGAAACAGCUGCCGAACGGAUCUACGACCAUGCUCGGGCGACACGCAAGCGAAUCCAGGCCGAAUGCGUUGGUAAAAAUCAUGGUGUAGUGCUGGACGAUGCGGAUAUGAUGGCAACACUGUACGCAAUUGCUGGGAGUGCUUUUGGUGCCGCAGGGCAGAGGUGCAUGGCGAUGAGCGUGGCAGUGUUUGUCGGCUCCACACGAGAGUGGAUUCCGAAACUAGUCGAGCUGGCUGGGUCUAUGGUUGUCGGGUGUCCUAGUGAUCGGAGUGUCAAGAUGGGCCCGUUGAUAAGUGUCGCAGCCAAGGACAAUGUCUGUGGGAUGAUCCAGCGUGCAGUCGAGGAAAGAGCAUCACUCCUGCUCGACGGGAGGGACGUUGAAGUCCCCGACUAUCCGGCGGGUAAUUUUGUAGGACCCACGAUUCUGGCCGAUGUCAAGACGUACAUGGAGUGCUACCAGACCGAAAUUCUUGGUCCAGUUCUGAUUUGCAUGGAAGUUGACACUCUUGAAGAGGCCAUUGAUCUCAUCAACCAGAACAGAUGUAAGCCAAUGCCACUGAAUUGGCGGUUCAUGCUAACGAUUCUAGUCGGAAAUGGUUGCUCUCUAUUUACGUCUAGCGGGCAAAGGGCGACGACCUUCCAGCGCGGUGUAAACGUGGGACAGGUCGGUAUAAAUGUGCCUCUGUUGGGUAUGUAUUGCUCCUUGGUCUACGCCUCUCGCAAAGCUGACCAUAAAAAGCUCCCUAUGGCAUGGCAGUUCGAACGUGUAACAAAGAUUCUUUCCUUGGAGGUAUGUACUCUAUCGCAUAACUAG